AUGGACGUGGAUAUGAAUAGAGAAGAAGAAAUGCCGGAGGAAGAUGAUGAUGGCGAAGAAGUAGAAACAAUUCCUUUGAGAUCAGCUCAAUCCAAGCAAUCUACCUCUGUUUUCCCAAGCAAUAGUAAAGCCUAUUCUAAGCUAAUUGAUGCAUGGAAUACUCAUAGAGGCUCUGAAAAUUAUAGAAAAAUACUUGAAAGAUUACGCUCUUUAACAAAAAGACAUGAUUACGAAACACCAGAAAUGUGGUGCUCUUGUAUUUGUGAUUCAUUUAGGAAAAUACUAGAAGAUAACUAUUCUUCGGGGAAUAUAAUUCUUUCUAAGAAUGGAUAUAUUACGAUGUAUAGAAAUUUAAUUGAAAGAAGUGAUAGAGUCCAUGGUCUUCCAUCAAAUUACAUAUAUUAUGUAUUUUUAGAAAUACUAUUUCGAAUGAACAUUGAUAGGAGGAAAUUUCGGAUCUGGCAGUAUAAACAGUAUAUAUUACAAGAAGAGGCUAAAAUGAAGCGUCUCCAAUUGGAGCUUGCAUCCCAAUCUCUUUCAUACUCAGAAAAGGAUAAAUUGGCAUUAGUAUUAUAUGAUUCUGAUUAUUGUUCAACUAGCUAUGAAACAUAUAAGCAGGUUGCAAGUGCCUUUGAAGAUUUAUAUUCUCUUACUGAAAUGAAGGCUCUGGUGAUUAAUGCGGAGACUUGGCCUGAUGAUGCAAACACAAAUUUGCAUUUUUUAAAGUGUGAUGUUGGUCAGCUCAUAAAUGAGAGCACCAAUUAUGAAAAAACUAUGUGGGAAAGAAUUGAAAUGGAGUUAGAACAAGUAAAUGUUGAAAGCCUUGGAUUCGACCAUCCAAUAUGUUCCGGAGUCCUUGAUAUCAAAUCCAAACCUUUUACAAAGAUGCCUGGAUCGUUUUGUGAUGUUUUUAAGGAACCUUUCCAAAAAUAUAGGCUGAAUCAGAAUGAUACGAUAAUGAAUAUCUGUAAAGAGUUCAUCCAUAAUGAAAAAACGAAGAUUAAUGUAAAUGAUAAAUUGAGUAAUGUUGAAUAUGGGAGAUGGUUAGAUAAUUCUGAAAAGCUUCAAACGAUAUCUAGACAGAUAUUAGAAGCAUUGCUUAAAGUUUGGAGAUCACCCAAAUACGAAGCCUAUUCAAAGAAGGGGAAAUCAGUUAAUGAAGAGUCAUAUGUUUGUGAAAUACUUGCGCCUCUAAUAAACAUAGUGAUGAGCGAUUUAUCUGGGAAUCCAGUUGUUUGGGAUAUAUGGGGUGAGAGAGGAAGCUUGGCUAGUGCUCUUGAAAUUGUAUAUCUAGAAACUGGUAAACCAAAUUUCUCCCAAGACAAACGACAACGAGAUUACAAAAAGUUGGUACGAUUUUCCAAAGACUCCAUUGAUACUACAAGAAAUAUAUCUAAGCUUAAAAGAAUAUUCAAUCAAUCAUCCAAGAGACAGAAUUUGAGUAUAUUUACCAUUAACAUCGCUGGUGAUGUUAUAGAACUCUAUACUAUGCGAAAAGAAUCAGGUAUCUAUAAAUACUGUUUAAUAGAGGAAGCGACAAUUCCAUUGUAUAUGACUUCCCCAAGUGCCAUAUACCCACUUAUACAUGCAUUGAUGACUCUGAGAAUGGCCGUCGCAUGUACAAUUCACAAAAUAUUAUAUAGUUCCAACUCUGGGGAUAGUGAACAUAGUUUCAGUGAAAUGGUAGUAACAGUAUCGACUCCCAAAAAUUCAUAG